GCGUGGCGGCCGGCGGCGCGUGGCGGCCGUCGGGCGGGCGGAGGCGGCAGUCGGGCCGCCAUGCUGCUCACCGUGUUCUGCUUGCGCCGGGACCGCAGCGAGCUCACCUUCUCCCUGCAGGUGGACGCCGACUUCGAGCUGCAGAACUUCCGCGCGCUCUGCGAGCUCGAGUCCGGCAUCCCCGCGGCCGAGAGCCAGAUUGUCUAUGCAGAAAGGCCUCUAACUGACAACCACAGAUCAUUGGCCUCGUAUGGCUUGAAAGAUGGGGAUGUGGUGAUUUUACGACAGAAGGAAAAUGUAGAGCCACGGCCUCCUGGCAAUUUUCCAGGUCUGCCCAGGAUAGACUUCAGCAGCAUUGCAGUACCUGGAAUGUCAACUCAGCAGCCUCAGCAACCAGCACAGCAUCUGCGCUCGUCACCACCUGAAGCACCUUCCUUCCCUCAGGGCUUGGACAAUCCAGCACUAUUGCGUGACAUGUUGCUUGCCAAUCCUCACGAGCUGUCCCUGCUGAAAGAGCGCAAUCCACCUCUGGCAGAGGCCCUGCUCAGUGGAGACCUGGAGAAGUUUACCAAGGUGCUUGUGGAGCAGCAGCAGGAUCGAGCCCGGCGGGAGCAGGAAAGGAUCCGUCUGUUUUCAGCUGACCCUUUUGAUCUAGAGGCUCAGGCCAAGAUAGAAGAAGAUAUAAGGCAACAAAAUAUUGAAGAGAAUAUGACGAUAGCCAUGGAAGAGGCCCCAGAGAGCUUUGGCCAAGUGGUGAUGCUCUAUAUCAACUGCAAAGUCAAUGGACAUCCAGUGAAAGCCUUUGUUGACUCAGGUGCCCAGAUGACCAUUAUGAGCCAAGCUUGUGCUGAAAGGUGUAACAUAAUGAGGCUAGUAGACCGGCGGUGGGCAGGAAUUGCAAAGGGUGUUGGCACACAGAAAAUCAUUGGCAGGGUGCACCUCGCUCAGGUUCAGAUUGAAGGGGAUUUCCUCCCGUGUUCUUUCUCGAUCCUUGAAGAGCAGCCGAUGGAUAUGCUUUUAGGACUGGAUAUGCUUAAGAGACACCAGUGUUCCAUUGAUCUCAAGAAGAACGUCCUAGUGAUUGGCACCACUGGCUCGCAGACGCCUUUCCUUCCCGAGGGAGAGCUCCCGGAGUGCGCUAGAUUGGCGUAUGGGGCAGGGAGAGAGGACAUGCGGCCAGAGGAGAUUGCAGACCAAGAACUGGCAGAAGCGCUACAGAAGUCCGUAGAGGAAGCAGAGAAUAGUGAUAAAGAAACUACCUCACUGGAAAUGCCAUCGUUACCAACUUCUGAUGGAUUGAAAAAUCCAGUCCAUUCUUCAGGACUAAGGUCCAAGAUCUGUAAUCCCACAAAUCAAUUACUUGACCGCUCUGUCUCCGCCCCUGCUUCAGUUGGCUCACACAAAUCUAGCCUAGCAGAGAAAAUUGAUCCUGGAGCUGUGAAGUCUUUGGAGUCUUCAGCUGAAUGCCAGAUUACCCCAGAAAAAGACCAUUCCCAUCGGUUGCAGAGUCUUGCUGACCAUGCUUCUUCAGCAGACAAUGACCAGCAGACAGGAGAAGCAGCUUGUCAUGGUCCUAAUAUCUCGUCACAGAAUACACUUGAAAAAAUGGUUGCUGCUGAUAGUCUAAAGGAAAAUACUAACGCACGCGGCCACGAUCUGGACUCUCCUCUAGAGGUGACAAGGGAAGACAUGCCUGACGCCAGUAUGUGUGCACAGCAGACAGUGCCAGAGUUACCUCUGCCUUCAGAACAACUGGAAUUGAACCAAAUGAAUGAGCUUCCUGUACAUGUGCAGAGAUACGAACCAGUAAAUGAACGACAUCUGGAGAAGCAGAGUGAACCAACUGACCCAGAGUAUCCUUGUAACAUUGGUGGCCUUGAGUUACCUGCUGUGGGGGAGCAGGGCCUUACAAACAAUCAGCCAGAAUCCCUUGCUAACUCUCUUGCUGAGAAAAGAGGACAUGGACUGGAGAAGGUAGGGCUUUCACGUGAGAAAGAAAAUGCCCAAAUGUCAGCAUCCUGUAGCUGUACGCUAACAGAAACCUUCAUGGAAAUAGAUGUAGUUGAGCAGUCUACAAUUGAAGCGCAUGGCUUGUCAAGGGAACACAGUGCUCAAACUAAGAAUAUUAGUGCGUCUGGUCUGAAUAUCGACUGUCCUUUGAUGGAGAUGGAAUCGUCAAAGCAGGAAUCGUCUUUGUCUGAACCUUUGAGUAAUCCAUUUUCCACUAGUGAGUUACUGUCGCCUGAAAGCAACGUUGAAAUGACUGGAACGUGUAAUGAGUUAUCCAAGUCGGUGGCUGAGAAGAGCUCUUCCUCCUCUGGCAUUUGUCAGCUACACACCGAUACAGCAGCAUCCGCAGAAGAGCCAUCUUUGUCUUUAGCAUCAGCCUUAAAGGAGCUUCAUGAACUCUUGAUUAUAAAUUGUAAAGGAGAUUCAAAACUUCUUGCACCGGAAGAGGAUGUCUGUCAGCUGGCAAAGGUCCCCGAAGAGCAGGUACAAUGUGAGGAGCUUUCUAAAGACGAACAUGGAAACAUGGGUCCAGAUGGACAGGACCUAAACAGCUCCUUUCAUCGGGAGAGGUUUGAACAGAUGAACUCUGAAGGGCCAGCUGAGGAGCCACCUUGUCCUGAGGAAACUGAAAACAUGAGCGUCCAGUUUUUUAAUCCCAGCCAGACAGCUGUUGAGAGAGAUGCUCUAGAGAUACAGAUGUCACCAAGUACAAGCGAUUCUGUCAUUCUGAGCUCAGUUGCGACAUCGAAUCAAGUCCACAUGGAGCAGGCAGAAAUUGGACCUGAACGGUCGUUAAAGGACCAACAUGCAACCGAUCAGACUUUGGAGAAGAAUAAAUCGUUUCCACCGGAGCUCACGGUGGAUGAAGGUGUCCCUCCGAACCUCUUCCCAGGGACGCCUGGAGUAACCGACAGCUCCACAAGUACUGAAGAUCUGAGGCCACCCCAUCAAAUGAUAGAGCCGCCGCCGCGCCCACCCGUCAGCUAUCCAGAACUGAGCUCCAUAGUUCCUCCGCCGUCCCUUUUUCCUGCCGCUGACAUCAAUCAGAUUCUCUGCGCUGGCUUUACCCUGCAGGAAGCUCUCGAGGCUUUGGAACGAGCUGGUGGAAAUGCAGACCUUGCUCUUCUCAGUCUGCUAGCCAAGAAUAUCCGAGUUCCUACAUAGCCAUGGAAAGGGUGGCCUGACUGGUCUGUUCUUCUAGAGAAUGUACCCGAAUGGUAGAGUAACCUGCAAGCAAAAUGUUGAGCCAGAUUUUUAAACAAACACCAUUUAUUUGCAGCCAAAGUCAUUUAGCUUUUCUGUUUCUCUUGUUAAAUUUGGGCCUUUUAAAACGAACAAAAAAAAAGUCUUGGCAUUGUGUGGACACGGUAGCUUUUAAGUCUCCUUAAGAUGAUGCAUACUGGAAUAAAAUGUAUUGGUUUUAUUUAAAUGUACAAUUUUAGAAUGAUCUUCAAUAUUAUGAAAUAAAAAGCAGAAGCCAUUGAGAAAACCAUCACCCUGUUCAGCAAAAAGCAGAUCGGGAAAUGAAUUGAAUAUGCAUGCGCGUGCAUCUACAGCCGAAGCAUAGCAUGUGAUGUUACUGAAAGAGAUGCACACAAGCUAGCUAUUCAGUAUGGUGCAGACUGAAACAAAGCUUGUCACAGUGAAGCCUUUUGGAUUUGUACCGGUUAUCACUCUACUGUGCUUUAUAACCUGAUAUUCAUCUGUGAUGCUGACGAACAACUGUUGCAGCUACUAGAGGUGUAUUGAUGUCCACGGGGCUCAGGAUCCAAAAACCUUUGUGCGGGGGGGGCGUGUAAACUUGCACUUUUUUCUGUGCGUUGAAAUCUGAAGCCUGGAUUGCCAAAAUAUUUGACGCUAUUGGGCCAGUGUGUUAAAGUUUACAGGGAAAAUACUGAGUUUGGUGCUACCAAAAAUGAGACAAAGCAACUGACCUGAAGUUAUCCUCAUGGAAGAAGUGGAAAGGGAUUAUUUUACCUUUUAGAGGUGUGCCCACCCACCCCAUUUUUCCCCCAUGCAAAAGAAAAAGUCUAGCCUUCUUAAGCAGAACCCUAAUAAUGAAAUUGCUUAGCAAAACAGAUUGCAUCUGUUGCUGUGACUUGUCUCUACCCUACACCUAGUUUCACCCUAGUACCUACAAAGGAAUUUACUGUAACUGUUCAGUGGAUGAAGUCUCUAUGCACUGAGUAGGAACAUGUGAUUAAAGGAAUGAAGAAAUCCGCUUUGCACUAGUUUAUCUCCGCGCUUGAGAGGGAUUGGCCCCUCGACUGUAGAAACGCUAACUGCAAAAAAACCCUUCUUAGUGGCUUGCAGUGUACUAGUUUAGUACCACUUGAUAGGUGAGGGCUCCCCAAGUCAAGCUGUCAUUAAGGUGAACUCGAACCUAGAGCGCUGAUCUGGCUUCUGUAUUACAACCGUUGUUGCCUUUUGGGAAGCCCUCACCAAGAUCUCUGUCUGUGUAGGACCCACUGAGGCUGUGCUGGGGAGGCCCUUUAUUGGGGGAUAAAAUGCUUUCUUGGGCUGAGCUGCUCUUUCUGCUUCUCUACAGAGCCUUAUCGUAUUAUUAGGGAGGGGGAAAAGGGAAAAGCAUGAUUAAAACGUGUUACCAAAUUGUAAGUAGAAACUUUGAUUUAGUCCCAUUUGCAGAUCUCCGUGAAGUGGUAGCUUCAUGUAAAAUGUAAUCUUUAACUUCCUGCUUCAAGCAAAACAAGCUGAAGUCAUAAAUCCACAGUGGCUGGACAUCCAUCUUCUCGACACAUUUUGUACUGGGGGGAGGGAGGGUUUGGGGGUCUCAGGCCUGUCCAUGUUUGUUCUUGCUUAGAAUAACUGCAUAUAUGUAUUUGGGGCUUUGAUGGGAGCUGAUUUACAAAAACACAUGUAUUCUGUCGGACUGCAUAGGCUUCUGUGAAUUUCUGAUGUCAGUGAUGAAAGGUUUGACAGAUCUCUUUAGGUACCUAGGUAGUCAAGAAAGCCUUUGGAACAAAUGAAAAGCUUUGAGGAAUCCUGUGAACAGCCAAUAGAUCUUUCACUGAAUUGUGAGUAUGUCACCUAGGCAAAAUCAGUUUAUUUUAGACUCGGUUUGAGUUGAGAUCUUGAAGAAAUGCAGGUGCUUCACAAUGUUUCCCAUGCAGAUCAUGACAGUAAGUCCCCGAUAAAAUACUUUGGUAUUCUACAUACGGCAAGCAUGCCAGAGACUGCAGUACCUCCUGUAGCGUCUCAGGCCAUUAUUGCAGAUCUGUCCUAACGCGUGCUCUAAGGAGACGAGAUGCACUGCUACAUCCAUCGCUAUUUGCAUCCGAUUCACUAAGCUGAAAGCAGCAAGUAAGGGCAAAGUUCUUCCAACGCGGUGUCCUCAAACUCGAGAGCUGGGCUCUCCUCCUGUGUAUGUUCAUACAGCCCCCUGGUUUUUGAGUGGGGAGCUCCUUGAGGAGGCUGUCAGCUCCGCUGAAGACACCUCUUGAAGGUCUGCCCUCUUGUGCAUAUCUAGAAGCUGACUUUGCGCUUUAGCACGCAGAUUGAUUUACUGCCAGCUCCUUCCUAUGUCAGAUGUGCGUCAUUCAGUGUUAUAAUGGCCCUUUCCCUAUUUGCAUUUUAUUUUUGUAGAAGCAACUGCUAAUAGCUAGAUGAAGUGCGCCUGCUUUGCACCAAAACGGUUAAAGGUUCUGACUUAAUCUUUUAAGUGGCCACGUUUACUUAGAGAUUGCACAUGCCGACGUUAUGCUAUAGAAGCUUUAGAGCAUCAGCCAAUUUGCUUCAAUACUCAGUUUUAUGCCUUGUCAAAUACUGUAGGUUAAGGGAUUUUUUUUUAAUGGUUUUUUUUUUAAUCUGUCUUUCUGCGAAAGCUUUUUUUGAGAAUAGAUGCUAAGUAAGACUGCUAGAAUUUCCUCUGUAGCUUCCUCUAAACUGCUAGAAAAAGACGGAUGGCUAGAAACGGUUGAGCUUCAAACUGUAAAAUAACCCUACCAAUAUUAACUAAGAUCAGUCCAAGCCUGGUGAUUUAAUCUCUGUUACAUGAAACCCUGCUUUGAGUGAGCAAUGCUACUGAAUUAAAACGGAAUGAUUCAGGGUCUUUAGAAACAAGAUUUGAUAACGAUGGUAAAAUUAAUGUUUUGGAGAUUUCUAGUGUUUUAAAGGCAUGUUGCUCAUCUAGUGGAGUGUAUACGGUUUUCCUUGGGUGCUAAGAACUGUUGUACGCUCUGUUUUAUUGUGUAGGAGGUGCUUUCCCUGUACCCUAGCUCUGUACAAUGUAUUGUGUGGAGUCAGACGUUGGAUAAUAGUGAGAGGAGAGAUUGCAUAUAUUUGUCGUCUUUAAAGAGAUUUUGUUCCCCCCCCCCAAAAAAAAAAACCCCCAUACACACAAACCCUGCAGACUUCCUGUCCCUUAAAAGAAGAGCUCACGCUCAAUUUACCAUACAGCUGCCUUCCUCUCCAAAUUGAGAGGGUUAUCAUCCAACCUGCCUAAACAAAAUGCUAUUUGAUCUCUUUCUGAAGAUGGAAGUAUCAUAUAUAGUUAAUGCUGCAUACCUUGAACAGGACAUAUAGUGAUGGCGGUACAGUUGUAAAAUCAGAAGCUUAUGCUCGUAUAUAAGUUCAUCUGUUGGAAGGUAAUGAGGAUGGGUGUGGAGAAAAGCCAGUGGGAAAGGUAGAAGUACUUUUUUUGGACUGGAUACCAGCCAGAAGAGUCUGGGCACACUUCGUUGUGACUUGUUUGCUUUUUAAUUCGCACCAAGAAAACUGAACGUUUUCAAAUUGUAAUUCAGCACUCGUUGGUAGCCUUGGCAGGGGCACCAGCCAUUGAAUGGGCCACGAAAGCAAAGACUCUUUCCACAUUAAUUCCGUUUGUAUAGUGCCUUACCUCAAAGGGUCUUGAGAUUGUGCGAUGAUUGAGUUAAAUCUCGCAACACCUUGGUGAAAGAGGGAACAGUUUAUCCUUACCCUGCAAAUAAGGGGCGUGUGGCCCCGAGUGCUGUCUGUCUUUCCAGGAUACCAGGAAGUCCCAUAGUAGCCUUUGGCAAGUUACUUAACCAGAUCUUCUUAUACCAUACAUGAAGGGCGGGGGGAUAUUUCUCCCAUUUAGAGAUGUUAACACUGCCAAAGAUUGUAAAGCCCCAUAGAGUUUUUGGAUGUAAAAUGCUGUGGAAGGGAAGAUUAUUAUUUCGAAGGUAGGGUUUGCUGCCUACUGCUUGGUACCUUACAGAAGCAGUGGGCUGGGGGACAAGAAGCUCUCUACUGGGCUUAGGCUCCAGGGCAUUUGCCUUUUUCUGAUUCUCCCUAUUCCUUUCCCUCUUAGCGCCCAACUCCUGCAGAGAGAGGGACUGUGGUACGGAUAUGCUGGUCUCUGCCUGGCUGUCCUUCAGUCUUUGCACUCCAUUGUUUUUUUCCCUUUCACCUCUCAGUCCCUGGCUUCUCCCCUCCGGUUUGCUGGCUCAAGAGCGUUCUCCGAGGAAGGCUGAAUUCAGAUCAUUGCCUCAAUUCAGGUGAAAAGGGAGAUGGAUGUGGUCACUCCCGAUCUGAAACCCCAUUGCAGGACCACAGCUGGGUCUGACUUGGUUCUCAGGAUGCCAUCCCGAUGAGAGCAGGGGUGCGUCCCUCAACCAGCAUCCCCCCGUCCGUUCCCAGUCUGGAGUUUCUGACAUAUUUUGCCAUAACCCUGUAAAUCUGCCAGUCGUCUCAAUUUUAACCCCCAGAGCCCCUCCUGCUCCAGUCGGAGGAAAACUCUUCAGGAGCUGUCUGGGCUCUCCUAUCCUGAGCUGAGCUGGGGAUACAGCUAGGCCUUGGCACCAUGCACAGAUAUUUAGCCCAGAGUGCCUGCUUGGUUCCUCAGUAAUUGCGUAAAAUAUCUAAGUGAUAAAUGAGCCUCGUGCUAAAGCAGGGCUUUUGCUACUCUUCCAACCUUAUACUUGCUUACUCCUUGGCAAACUAGUCAGGACGCUGUGACAGUCUCUCUGGGACUAGACUCACCCAGGAGACCCCUUCCAGCCCUGUGGCCCUAAUUCCAGGUGUCUGCGUACGGGGCACGUAUCAUUUCUGCUAUUUAUUGGCCCAAAUGAAUUUUCAUUUUUCUAUGGAACAAAGCAACAAUUGAAAGCUGCUUAAUACAAAUUCCAGUGCCUUCGGAAACCCCCCAUGUCCAUGGUCAUUGUUCCCUGGUAUUUCUGCAGCCCUUCUGCUAGUCUGCUUUCCUCUUACCUUCUGCAAUAUGUUCUUUAAAAUAAAAGGGGGGGUGGCAAGAAUACAAGAAUGGCAUUGAAGUAAUUGUCUCACCCCUUAUUUAAUGCUGGAUGCAUAGUGUUAUGACAUUGAAGGGCUCUAGAUCACUCUAGGGGCAAAAUAGUAACACCUAAAGCUGACUUCUGCACAAGAGGAUGGUGAAAAGGAUGCGACCAGGGAAAGGCUGGGUGAGGAGAAUAGGCCUUUGCCUUACCGGGUAGAGCUGAAGCCAUCCAUCUCAUGGGCAGUCGAUGCUUUUGAUCCAGAGCGCUCCUUGGUUACAGAAAGAACAGUUUUAAGACAAAACAUCAGCCUGCGAGGCAGGGAUCCUUCGGUCACUUCCCUCUAGGUUGGAGCAGGAUUUACUAAGAUUGUAAAGCCGAGACGCCAACAACCUGCUUGGCUUGCGGAAAAAACUGUCAGCAUAUUCAUAAAGGGAGGACUUUGCCAUUCAUUAGCAGAUGCUUCCAAGAAGCACUUCUGCCGAUGAAAAGUCGACCAGUUCGAUACUUGCCUACCUUUUCAUCAGCCCCAAAAGAUGUGGCAGUGACCCGUGGCGCGGGUACCUGCCGUUGGGUACGGUUGAGAGAGGCUGGCGGAUCGCUUGCGGGUCCUGCAGCUGCUGCUGCCUUUGCUGAGCCGUCUGCGGGUCGAGGACUUACAGGAUCCCGGGCUGUUCUUUGGCAUCUCGUAGACAUAUUUAUUUUGCUUUCCGUCUUAGUCUUUCUCAGUGGUUUUAAUCGUAGCUCAGAAUAGGGGAUAUUUAACCUUGCUCAUUGAAUGCAGAACUUGAAUUUUUUUAAUUUUAAUUUUCUUUUUUCAACUCCCUACCAUUCCCGAGUAGAACAGGCGACAGAACCGGAGAGGUUCGUUUACCAGACUUGGACUCCUUGCCAAAUUGCAUUUGUAGCUCUACUGGAAAUUCAAAGAAAAAGAAAUGGUUAGGAUUUCCCCUGAUCGCUCCAGUCUAGCAUGGGAAAUGUGAUUUCUUUUGUGUAUGUCAUUCCCUUUUAAAACAUUAGAAAUGCUUUUUUUUCCCCUGCAGUUUUUUUGUACAUCUAGCUUAGCCUGUAACCCAGAUGUCUAGCAGCUGGGUUUUUAUUUGACUGAUGCUUUUUUAGCUUAAGAGUUUUCCAGACUCAAUUAAGGAACUUGAGGGACUCAAUACUCAGGAACCCUAAAGCUGGUUGCAUUUGUGUCAUUUAUUCUUCUGGGCUGAACACGCGGCUGUUCUCGCAGCAGGGUGACUGUGUGGGAGGAGGGGUGGUUUGAUCAGGUAAGGGGAUGUGGUUCUGCCCUAAGUAAUACACACUUGAUUCAUUAUUUUGAUUUUUUUUUAAAUAUCGGGGGACUGUUUCUCAAGAAAAUUGAUGUGUAAAAAAAUUUGAUAUUUAAAAAAAUAAACAAAUUUUAUCAUAA